AUGGGUAGUCUUUCCUCCAAGACAAUCGUGGAGUAUCGUACUGAUCCAGCAACGGCAAAGGCCCUUGAGCAAAGCAAUGCAGCCUUAGCCCAGUCCCAGGCGCUUCAGGCGCGGUCAUCCCAGGCACUGAGGGAGCAGAAGAAGAUGGUUGCUGAAUUGAAGGCAGCAUCCGAACGUCAAGAGGCUGACUUCAAGAGGCAGAUUCGGAAAGCUGUGGAAAUCAUCAAGACAUGCCAAGGACAGGGACAGAAAGUGGCUGUUCUUUUGGGCGGUCAAAGGUUCUGGAAAGACAACUCUCUGCAAGUACUUGUUCAGCAUGACAGGAACUGA